AGGACCAGCUGAGCUGAAAAACAGGUAGCCCAUAUAACGCUACUCGGUGAAGUCGUGAGCAAUUCAAGUAAUUCCUCAGGGUUUAUGUAACUGCAUGUUUUUUGUAUACUUGGACUUAACAAUGCGCGUUUUAAAAUAAUAAGUCCCUGGACAGCGCACAGGAUGACAUGCCAUGAUAAACAAACUUAAGGUCUAUGUGACGUUUGAAAAGGGGUGCAGUCAGUGUCCAGCGCAGAAUUUAAAUUUCGUACAACUGAGAACAACUUGAUAGACGCCGGAAGAAGACCUGAGGCAGCAGAUCAAAGCAACGUUCUACGAGUAGAGGGUACGGCCAUGCAUCCCGAUGUCCUGGAGUCCGUCGGCCGGGUGGAGGGCCUGCCCCUGUCCUCGCCCGAGACCCCGCCCGACCCCGAGGAAGAGGAGGUUGAGGCGGAGAUGAUGAGGGCGGUGAAGAGGAAGGGCCGGUAUCGGAAAAGCCUGCAACUGCUCAAGCCCUUCAGGAUCACCCACAAGCACCAGCACCCCGUGGACAAUGCGGGCCUCUUCUCCUUCAUGACCCUGCACUGGCUCAGCCCCCUGGCCCUCAGGGCCCACCGAGCAUCCAACCUCAGCAUGGAGGACGUGUGGGGGCUCUCCUGCCACGAGGCCUCCGACACCAACUGCCAAAGACUGGAGACGCUGUGGCACGAGGAGCUGAAGGCCCAGGGGAAAGAGAAGGCCUCCUUGGGCCGCGUGUGCUGGAGGUUCUGUCAGACCCGAAUGCUGGUGGCCGUGUUCUCCCUGCUCAUCACCAUGGUAGCGGGUUUUGUCGGACCUGCUCUUCUUAUACGGGCGCUGCUGGAGUACUCCCAGAGUCCCGAGGACCGGCUCCUCUUCGGCCUGUCCCUGGUGGGCGGGAUCUUCCUGAUGGAGCUGACCCGCUCGUGGUCGCUGGCCCUCGUCUGGGCCGUCAACUACCGCACCGCCAUCCGGCUGCGUGGGGCGGCGCUCACCUUCGCCUUCCAGAAGAUUCUGCGCCUUCGCAGCACCAAAGACAUCAGCCCCGGAGAACUGGUGAACAUGUGCUCCAGCGAUGGCCAGCGGCUGUUUGAGGCAGCCACAAUGGGAUGCCUGUUGGCUGGAGGACCACUGGUGGCCAUCCUUGGGUUGUCCUACACCUGCACUUUCCUAGGCCCCACCGCGUUGGUGGGGUCUGCUAUCUUCAUCUUCUUCUAUCCCUCCAUGACAUUAGCUUCCCGACUGACCGCCUACUUCAGGAAGAAGUGUCUGCUGGUGACAGACCGGCGUGUGCGUCUCAUGAACGAAAUCCUGGGUUCCAUCAAGGCCAUCAAGAUGUGCUGCUGGGAGGCCGCCUUCGCCCGCAACGUCCACCAGGUGCGGUUGAAGGAGAGGAAGAUCCUGGAGCAGGCGGGCUACGUUCAGAGCCUGACGGUGGGCGUGGCCCCCGUCGUGGUUGUGAUAGCCAGCGUGUGCACCUUCACUCUGCACAUGGCUUUGGGCUACGAUCUGACGGCAGCCGAGGCCUUCACUGUCGUCGCCGUUUUCAACUCCAUGACCUUCGCCCUCAAGGUCACGCCCUUGGCAGUACGCUCUCUGUCAGAAGGCGCCGUGGCAGUCAAGCGAUUUCAGCGCCUCUUCCUGAUGGAGGAGCGGGAGGAGGUCACACCAAAAAUGGAGGACCCCGGAAACGCGGUGGAGUUCCGGGACGCCACGCUGGUUUGGGAGAGGGCCCGGACCCCCACUGGGACUGGGGUGGGGGGUAGCCGGGGCAGGACGUCCCAGAAGCCGAAAAAGGGGGGCGGGAUGAGGAGGCUGCUGCGCAGGGAGAAACUGAGCCUGUACAUCAUCGCGGAGGAGGGCAAAGGAGGCGUCGAGGCUCUGAACGACCAGCACCUCCUCACCCACAUGGAGCAGGAGAGCCCCCAGAGCACCGUCUCCUCCACCCAGAGCAUCCGCCCGCCGCUGCACAAGACCCUGCAUCGCAUCCAGCUCCGCGUCAGAAAGGGGGCGCUGUUGGGAAUUUGCGGUGGCGUGGGAAGUGGAAAGAGCUCGCUGCUGUCCGCUCUGCUGGGACAGAUGACUCUGCUGGAGGGCUCGGUGGCGGUCAGUGGCGGGUUCGCUUACGUGCCUCAGCAGGCCUGGAUCCUCAACGAGUCCCUGAGGGAGAACAUCCUGUUUGGGAAAGAAUACGACGCUGAAAAGUAUAAUGCUGUCCUUCAGGCCUGCUGUCUAAACCCUGAUAUAUGUGACCUUCCCUACGGUGACAUGACUGAGAUUGGGGAGAGGGGGGCCAACCUGAGUGGGGGUCAGCGCCAGAGGGUCAGCCUGGCCCGGGCCCUGUACAGCGAGCGCCCCGUCCUCCUGCUGGACGACCCCUUGAGCGCCGUGGACACGCACGUGGGGGCGGAGCUCUUCUACGGCGCCGUGCGCGGGGCAGCAAGGACCAGGACGGUGCUGUUUGUCACCCACCAGCUGCAGUACCUGGCGGAGUGUGACGAGGUGCUGCUGAUGAAGGACGGGCAGAUCGCCGAGCACGGCACCCACGCCCAGCUGAUGGACAGGGGGCGGGACUACGCCUCCCUCUUCAACAGCGUGCAGCAGGAGAAUGUAGUUAGGAAUAAUAUGAAGAACAGGCAGGCCACUGCAGAGAAGAAGGUGGAGGAGUCCUCCGGUGUCAACAAGGUGCUUGGUCCUCCAGUCGACGGAAAUAAAGGAGAUCAGCUGAUGAAGGCGGAGGAGAAGGGGUCAGGAGCGGUGGCGUGGUCCGUGUACGGGGCCUACAUCCGAGCGGCCGGCGGGUCUCUGGUCUUCAUCGUCAACAUCGUCCUCUUCCUCUGCACUACCGGCAGCAUCGCAUUCAACAACUGGUGGCUGAGCUACUGGAUCAGGCAGGGUAGUGGGAAUGCUUCACUGGCCCUGCACAAUGAAACGGCGGUGGCCGACAGCAUGAGGCUGAACCCCCACCUUCAGUACUACUCGACUGUAUACGCACUGUCCAUGGGGGCGGCGCUGUUCCUGAAGACCACGCGUGGGCUUGUGUUUGUCAAGUGCACUCUCCGCGCCGCCUCAGUCCUCCACGACAAGCUGUUCCGGAAAGUUCUCCACAGCCCCAUGGCCUUCUUCGACACCACGCCCCUCGGCCGCAUCCUCAACCGCUUCUCCCGCGACAUGGAUGAGGUGGACGUACGUCUGGCCAUGCAGUCUGAAAUGCUCCUGCAGAACCUGACGCUGGUGUUCUUCUGCCUGGGCGUGGUCGCCUUCAUCUUCCCGUGGUUCCUGUUGUCCAUCCUGCCUCUCGGAGUCUUCCUCUUCCUGGUGAACCGUGUCUCCAGGGUACUGAUCCGUGAGCUGAAACGGCUGGAAAACAUCACACAGUCACCUUUCACCUCUCACAUUACCAGCAGCCUGCAGGGCCUCUCCACCAUCCACGCCUACGGCAGGGGGCCGGACUUCCUGCGCAGGUACCAGGCUCUGCUGGACACCAACCAGGCCUCGUACUACCUGUUCAGCUGCGGUAUGCGCUGGCUGGCCGUGCGGCUCGACCUGAUCAGCAUCUUCCUCAUAACCACCACGGCCCUGCUCAUCGUCCUCAUGCACGGCCAGAUCCCCCCGGCCUACGCCGGCCUGGCUAUCUCCUACGCCAUCCAGCUGACCGGCCUGUUUCAGUUCACCGUGCGCCUUCUCGCCGAGACGGAGGCUCGCUUUACGUCAGUGGAGCGGAUCAAUCAUUACAUAAAGACCCUGGAGAGCGAGCCCCCCCGACACGUGACCGGCCCGUCCUCUCCUGCCCCCUGCUGGCCACACGUGGGACACGUAUGCUUCCGGGACGUGGAGAUGCGAUACCGCAAAGACUUGCCAUUGGUCCUCAAGAAGCUUUCCUUCGACAUCCAGGCGGAGACAACUGUGGGCAUUGUGGGUCGCACUGGCUCAGGGAAAUCCUCGCUCGGGGUCGCCCUCUUCAGGCUGGUGGAGUUGGCGGGAGGCUCCAUUACCAUAGACGGUGUCAACAUUGCCCGCAUUGGGCUGGAGGACCUGAGGAGCAAGCUGUCAAUCAUCCCACAGGAACCUGUGCUCUUCAUUGGCACAGUCAGGUCCAACUUGGACCCAUGGGGCCAGCACUCUGAGGCGGAGAUUUGGGACGCCCUGGAGAGGACUCACAUAAAAGACAUGGUCAGCCUGCUGCCCCACUCGCUGGACUCCGAGGUGAUGGAGAACGGGGAGAACUUCUCCGUGGGGGAGAGACAGCUGCUGUGUGUGGCCAGGGCCCUGCUUCGGCACUGCAAAAUCCUGCUGCUCGAUGAAGCGACGGCGGCUAUCGACACGGAGACGGACCGGCUCAUUCAGGAGACCAUCCGUCUGUCUUUCACCGGCUGCACCACCCUGAUCAUCGCCCAUCGCCUGAACACCGUGCUCAGCUGCAACCGGGUCAUGGUCCUGGACCAAGGAGAGAUUGUGGAGUUUGACGCCCCCUCCGCCCUGCUGGCCAAUGAGAACUCCCGAUUCCACGCCAUGGUAGCGGCGGCGGAAUUGCUGAAGGUCAACAGCAAAGACCUCAGCUGAAGACCGGAGCCGAUGAGUCACAGUCACCCAUGUGCCACGCCCCCACAUCGCCGCGGACCAAUGGCAGAAGGCUGCGGUGCUUGCUGGUGGAUCUGGCAUUACGUUUUUUUUUUUUAUUUGCGAUGUGAAGAUACAGUUAAAUGCUGCUAAUUGUUUAGGCGUUCGCUCAAGAGCGUGAUGAUCACCAGUAAACCGGUGACUGCAUUCCAAGAGACCCGUCAGGAACUUGGAGCCCGUGUAAAAGCCAUCGAGCUCUCCCACUGGCCCUAGCUGCUGUGUUGCUGGAGCCCCUCUGCAGGAGGAGGCCUGAGGUGCAGGCCUUCAAGUGUUCAUGAGGCAGUGCAAUUACUGAGAUUUUUCCAGAGAGUCGCAGAAGUACCGAAUUGGCAGGAAAUUCCUGUUCCUUCAAACUCUGGAAAGCUUGUGAUGAUACAUAGACUCCCCAUGGAGUCUGUUUUGUGCAAUUUGUUUAUUUAACCUAUGAUCAUAGGGGGAUUUUUCCCACACUUUAUUGGUGGAACCGUAACAUUUUUGUGGAAUUAUAACUUUUCUUUUCCUCGCUGAUUAAACAAAUCAGUUCCAUCACUGUCUGGAGAAUGUUAGACUUGAGAAGGCCAGUAAAUAUUCAUUGAAGUUUUGUUGAAUGUAAAUAGACAGAGACCAAAGACUUAAAAUAAACCAGCCAAAGGAUGAACUUUGAUGUAAACACCAAUGAUGCUGUUCUACUCAAGUCAAGCACUUUCACUUCACAUGUGUGUGAACUUAUAAGGUAUCGCCUACGCACUGCAAAAGCCAAUUCUUUGACACCCUCAAAAAUGUCAUUUGUGGUAAAUGUACGAAGAGGGCUCUCAAAGUUCAUGGUACAAUAAUAUUAUUUUAAAUGUAAUUCGUCUUCACGUGUCUGUAUGGCUGAAAUUCUAUUUCAUCAUUCUCGUAAAAAUUCUGAUCUUUAGUCGAACAUGUAUAUGCCUUAUAAAUGAGGAGAGUAUUUUUUGCUGCAGUGACCUAUAUUGCAUGCUAUUUAUAUGGGUUGAAUCAAUCGUAUUUGGGAAUUCUAUCUGUAGAGUCUAUAUUUGGCAAAACUCCAGGGUGCUCUUUCCCUAACAGCAUAUACUUGAUGAGUUCCUCAGUUGUGUCCAAACCAUGCGUAAUUCAGUCCUUGCUUCUCUUGAUUGGAAAUCAGGACUUGACUUCUCGCUCUCUGUAACACUAGUGAAUUCCAGAGCCUAUGCCAUGGUGAACCAGGUUAUCCAUAAAUGCUGUGUGUAAGCCAGUGUAAACCCUGGUAGAAUCACAAGCUGACACUAUUGAGGGAUGGCAGGUGUUAUUUUAUCAGUUUGAGCAAAGGCUUGUUAGGUCUAGGUUGAGACUCAAAGAUGUGACAUCUGUAGCCAUUUUUUUUAAUUUUUUUUUUUUAGAAAUGUUUAUUUAUUUGCACUUCACAAAAUGAUUAUGCAUUUUAUAGCCUUAGUUCAAGACCUGCACAAUUCAAUGUAGCUCAAUGGUUCAAACUUGAUCCUGAAAGACUAUGUAUCAUUUUUUCUAUGCAAUCCAUUUUCAGGGACAUACUUUGCAGACAGUAAAAUUGUGGUUCUCUGUAAAUGAUGAAUAGAGCAAAGCUGGAAUUAUUCACCAAUUGAAAGUCCUUGCAUGAAACCUGACAUGCAAAUUCAGCCUUAAUCGCAACUAAACAACAUGGACAGCAAUACACUUAGCUAGUGUGUGUGUGUGUGUGCGUGCAUGCGUUUGUGUGUGUGUGGCUGGGUCUGUGUGUAUUCUUUUGUUCUACACAGAUCUGUCCCAGAGAUGGCCUUGUUGAAAGAUGUGGGGGUGUUGUUUCACAGUUAUUUUAUGAAAGCCUUUGUUUCAUGGGCUUAAAUGUGUUCAUAUCAAUAAAAGUUUUAUACAUAAUAUGUCUGGA